GUUUGAAAUGCAGCAUUUCGGGGUGAAAGUCAGCAUAAUCGAGCCUGGCUAUUUCAAAACAAACAUGACAAACACUCAGAAGUUCCAGGCUUAUUAUGAAAAUAUCUGGAAUAAAGCCCCAGCAGAGAUAAAAGAAAGCUAUGGAAAACAAUUCUUUGAGAAAAAUCUCAAAUAUAACAUAAAGGCAAUGAAUAAUGCGUGCACAAAACUGAACCUGGUAACUGACUGUAUGGAACAUGCUCUGACCUCCCUUUAUCCCCGAAAGCGCUAUUCAGCUGGCUGGGAUUCUCAAUUCUUCUUUAUUCCUUUGUCGUAUUUACCAACAGUGCUGCAAAAUUUUGCCUUUUCCGGCUAUUAUCCCAUACCUGCACAUGCUGUCUAAAGAUAGACUGGAAAGCUAGCUUGUGAAGAAGGGAAUGAAUAGACAAAAGAAGAAAGGGAAAUUUGACAGUGAUAUUUCUGUUGUUUUAAAAAAGAAAUUUACUUUUUGUAAGGUUUGGGUCCUGUCUUUUACCCUUUGUGAAGGAACCAGAAAAGACUUCAUUUGUCACUGGAGAAUGAAGCAUUCUACAGUAUGGGUCAAUCUUUCUUUCCUUU